GUUUCGGUGUCCUUCUUGCUAUGUGGAUUACUGGUCCCCCUGCUUACUGGAUUGCCAUUCCCAUAACUGUAAACUUACUUUGAACAAGCACACAGGAUUUCUAUUGGAGGGUUUUGGUUUUUGACCGCAGUGAUUCAAACACAGGUGUUAGGUGGACUUUUACUGUUCAUUUUGGACUGUACAUGAGAAUGGAGCUGAACGGUCGUGUUCUGCCACCAUCAAUACCUGAAGAUGGAGAAGCCCCGGACCAUGUUUCUCAUGGAGAGAUGAACGGUUACCACAAGAGGCUUCAGGGCGGUGACGGGGGAGAGGCUGAAGUCCCGGUGUCCAAGUCCCAGAGACGAAAGAGUGAUGUCAAAGUCUAUAAGGAGUUUUGUGAUUUUUAUGCUCGCUUCAACAUGGCCAAUGCUCUGGCCAAUGCCAUGUGUGAGCGCUGCAAGAGUGGUUUUGCCCCGGCUGAGAAGAUAGUGAACAGCAACGGGGAACUUUACCAUGAACAGUGCUUUGUGUGCGCCCAGUGUUUCCAACAGUUCCCAGAAGGACUCUUCUACGAGUUUGAAGGCCGAAAAUACUGUGAACAUGACUUCCAGAUGCUGUUUGCUCCCUGCUGCCACCAGUGCGGUGAGUUCAUCAUUGGCCGUGUGAUCAAGGCUAUGAACAACAGUUGGCAUCCAGACUGUUUCUGCUGUGAUAUCUGCCAGGCUGUGCUCGCUGAUGUUGGAUUUGUUAAGAAUGCUGGAAGGCACCUGUGUCGUCCAUGUCAUAACAGAGAGAAAGCUCGGGGCCUCGGCAAGUACAUCUGUCAGAAGUGUCACGCCAUUAUUGAGGAGCAGCCUCUUCUGUUCAAGAAUGACCCGUACCACCCUGAUCACUUCAACUGCAACAACUGCGGUAAAGACUACAGGCUGAUGCCAGGAGCUGCAGGGGGAGGCUACUUGAUCUGUUUCCUGUCCUGCGAGUGGUUCCAAUCUGUGGGGCUAUGUCUAAGCCAGGCUGUGCUGCUGCCUGUAACACAGUCUGAAUGUGAUAAUGUACUGACUGACGCUGUGCUAACCAUGUGUGCUUGGCCGUGGGUUUUUUUGCAGCAUUUUGUGUGUGCUAAGUGUGAGAAACCCUUCCUAGGACACCGUCACUACGAACGCAAGGGCUUGGCCUACUGUGAAACACACUAUAACCAGCUGUUUGGAGAUGUUUGCUACCACUGCAACCGGGUUAUUGAAGGAGAUGUGGUUUCUGCCCUUAACAAGGCUUGGUGUGUCAACUGUUUUGCCUGCUCUACCUGCAACACCAAGCUCACCCUCAAGAACAAGUUUGUGGAGUUUGACAUGAAGCCAGUGUGUAAGAAGUGCUAUGAGAAAUUCCCUCUGGAGCUGAAGAAGAGACUGAAGAAGCUGUCUGAAUCUGUUGCCCGCAAGUGAACACACACAGCUGGGCAGCUGGAGGAAGGGAGAAGCAGCUGAGACCCCAAGGUGGCCACACAUUUCCAGAAUUGACGAUCGUAUAAGACAGCAUUUUGUGUGUUUUUAUUGGUAUGUUAAAUAUAGGUUGGUUAUUUCAGCAGAACACUCAAAACAUGAACCUGUCAAGUGCCUUUUGGCUCAAAUAUCGCACUGUUUACUUUUUCACAUGCUUGCCUUAUUUCACUAUAUGUAUUAAACAUAAACACAUAUGAUUAUGGUUCUGUAUUUUAAAAUGACAUAUGAGCUUUAAAAGAACAUAAAAAACAUGAGAAUGAUAAAAAAUGUGUGUUGACAGGCGGUUCUGCUUGUCACCUUGUCUCAUGAUUCCAAGCCACGUGCCCUCUGUUUGACUUAUGUUACUGAUACUCUUGUAUAAUAUUGGAGUAAACCCAAAGACAGUUGAGCAAAAUACAAUUUUAUUGAAUGUGUAUAUAGUAUCUCUAAUAUUUCCUGUUUUCCACAAACAUGUUUUGUUUUAUUAAUGUGUAUUUUCUUUAAUAUUAAAUAUGUUUAGCUCCAUGAAGUUAGAAUUUGUUUUUGCAUCUAUAGUCUAUUGACAUACUGUAGCCUCCUUAAUGCUAAAGUGAUGGAUUCAUUCAUCAUCAGCAGUAUGUUGAAUUGCCUUCUUAGGUGCUAUGCAUUUUAUGUGUGAAACAAUCUCUAUGUAAACUGGUAUUUACACUGAGGUACCAGUUUAUUAGGUUCACUUGUACAAUCGGAUUUAAUCCAAUACAAAAUCAAAAAGUUUUAUCUAUUCUGAUUUACAGAAAAUACAUGAGGGUGGAUAUCAGAAACAUCAUUCAAAGUAAUGCAGUCCACUUUAACAACAUAACUGCAGCUUGAACAAUACCACAGCGAUUAAGCAAAACCUCUGACAUGCUGUCAACAAAUACUGAACAUAAUACGCUUCACAGAAACAAGAUUUAUUGCAUAACAACUGGUAACUCUGUGUCUUGCAGCCUGAAAGCUUGUGGCAUGUGCAGAGACCGGAUGUUGGAGAAAUGUUAGAUGUUAGAGAACAUGUAUGUCUGCUGUUUGUAAUCCAGAGAAAGUGAUCCUCUUAGAGAGGUAGAGAGGUGUACCGAUAUGCUCAGGGCUCAGACCCUCUUAGGAAAAAUAAUUAACUGUUUGGAAUGGGAAAGAGAAGUAGAGCAGUAUUUUAUCAUAGAAUAAAUAUCUUUUACAUAGUAGGUUCAAAGAACACAUUCCACUAUUUUAUGGAAAUAAAAAAGCCUAUAUUCUGGGAAUUUCACUACCUGUGCCACAAACUUUCUUAUGUUAUCGAAGUACAACUAUCUUCUAACUUCAGCUCCACGGGAAAAGGUCCAUUGGGUAGUUUUAUUUGAUAUCUUACUACUUGGGCAACUAAGAUUACUCUACACAGACACUGCUGGUAUACCUUAUUUUAUCUUUGCAAUGCUUGUCACAAUAUUUAUUCAUGUUAACACACCAAAGUGCAUGUUUUGGACUUGAAUAGAAAGCUAUUUUAAUAUAUCUAAGAUUUUUGUCAACUCAUCUGAAUAAACAUUGUAUGUCAAUGCUA